AGUCCGCAAAAUGUCGAUCAGAAGGGGUGGACUGAUGUCCUAUAAUCAAAAGCGCAUUGCCCGCUGGUACUUUGGAGGCGUGGCCAGUUCUGUGGCCGCCAUGGUAACACAUCCCAUCGAUCUAAUGAAGGUGCUCAUCCAGACGCAGGCGGAGAAGCUGUCGGUGAUGCAGACCACUCAAAAGAUUGUCCGCGAACAGGGCGUUCUGGCCUUGUACAAUGGGAUCUCGGCCUCGCUGUUGCGUCAAUACACCUACACAUUGGCCCGGUUUGGAAUUUAUUCGGUGGGCUCUGGGAUGAUGGACACCAGCACCAUGGGUCGCAAAACACUACUGGCAGCGGCUGCCGGUGGAAUUGGCGGCUAUGUGGGCGCCCCCGCGGAUCUGAUCAACGUUCGCCUUCAGAACGAUGUCAAGUUACCGCCGGAAAAGAGGCGCAACUACAAACACGCCAUCGAUGGACUGGUUCGCAUAACCCGUGAAGAAGGCUGGCGCAGCCUCUUCAACGGCUCCUCGAUGACCGCGCUGCGCGGAAUGUUCAUGACCGUGGGACAGAUCGCCUUUUACGAGCAGAGCAAGUCGCAACUGGUGCAACUGGGAAUGCCCGAGAAUAUGGGCACCUACAUCGCCGCCUCGAUCAUCUCGGCCACGGUGGCCACCACAUUAACGCAACCGAUCGAUGUGGUUAAGACCCGGCGAAUGAACGCUGCGCCGGGUGAAUAUUCCGGACUGACGGAUGUGUUCAUUAAAACCUCGAAAGAGGGACCACUGGCCUUCUUCAAGGGCUAUACACCCUCGCUGACGCGACUAAUGCCGCACACUAUUCUUCUGUUUCUGGGCCUCGAGUUUCUGAGGACCCAUUUUGGCUAUCUGCCCGAACCGAAGCAGGUUGGCCCCUUUUAUCGCUACGAUGAUGUCGAUGACGACUAGUCAGUUCUCAUUAUAUUCCAAAUUUAAUGUACCCUAGUUAUGGUAUUUUAUGU